AAGAUUCGAUAGGGAAGUCUGACUUACACGGGCACUCGUAGCUUUCUUUUACAAUGUAUCUGUAUAAUGGGUUUGCCCUGAUUAUAACUGAAAUCUUCUCAGAAAAAGGAACCCAUUUGAAAUUAAAACCCUCGAUGGUCCUUCUUCCCAGAAAAUGAACACCACCGGACGUCGACGGCCAUGCUACCUGUCAACAAAGCCUCCGCCAACACAGUGGCCGUUAACGGUUGUGCUUCGUCUUUGAGGUAGGAGAAAGGGUUUUUCCCAUAAUGUGAGAAAUCUCAAACUCUAGCUGCUAAACAGUUGUAACUUUUUGAAAAUCUUGGAAGAAUUAUAUAAUUUUUUUCUUUUUACUGUUCAAACCCAAUUCCGAAAACCCUCAAAUCUUGAAAGAUGAGAUGACGAAAUCAACCCUAGUAACCGGGAAAAAUUACAUAACUACUACCUCUUCAAAUCAAAUCGUCGGCUUCCAUUUCGAUGUUUGUAUGUUCUUUACUUCUUCAUGAGGGAAGGAGUUGCAAAUCUCAUUCGUCUCUGUGAAACUUUCUUCCCCAAUCGUUUCUUAAUUCAAAAUUUGACGAUGACUUCAUCUAUCAUUAUCGCCAAAACCUUCUCUUCUUUUUCAUCUCCUCGAAACUUACCCGAAAUCCCAACACUUCAGAACCUCUUGAAAAGAGGUUUUAGUCCCACCCUCGAAGCCUUCAACCAAUUCCUGGAGUUCCUCUCUGAAAACCAACGAUUCAAAUCUGUUCUUCACUUUUUUUCACAGAUGAAGUCAAACAAAAUAAGCGGCAACUCUUGUACUCACUCAAUCGUGGUGCGGGCUCUACUUGAAGAUAGGAGAUUUGAAGAAGCUGAGCUUUUCGUGAUCCAAUUGGGAAAAUAUGGGUUUCUCUCCAGAAAUGGUAUAUGGGAUUCUCUAAUUCAAAGCAUCUGCGUUGCUGGAAAGAACCCAGAAAAAGCAUUCUCUGUCUUGCGGGAUUGCUUAAGAAAUUGCGGUAGUUUGCCUUCUUUUUCUACUUUUUCUUUGUUGAUUCACAGUUUUAGUUCUCUGGGUAAGAUGGAUAGAGCUAUUGAAGUCUUGGAGAUGAUGACAGACGAGAAAAUUGGACACCCGGUUAAUAAUUCCAUUUGUAGUUCAAUAAUUUCAGGGUUUAGUAGAAUUGGAAAUCCUGAGCUCGCAUUGAAGUUUUAUGAGAAAGUUGAGAAAAUUGAAACUUUUCGGCCUAAUGUUGUAACAUAUACGGCUCUUGUGAGUGCACUUUGUAUAGAGGGUAGAGUUAAGGAGGUUUCUAACUUGGUUUGUAGAAUGGAGAAGGAAGGAAUUGUUUUAGAUGCUGUAUUUUACAGUAGUUGGAUUUGUGGGUAUUUUAUUGAAGGGAUCUUACAAGAGGCAUUUCAGAAGCAUAAGUUGAUGGUAGAGAGUGGAAUAAAGCCCGAUAUAGUUAGUUACACCAUUCUUAUUGAUGGGUUCUCAAAGGAAGGGAAUGUGGAAAAGGCAGUUGGGUUUUUAAAUGAGAUGAAAAUGGUUGGAGUGGAACCUAAUUUGGUCACUUACACUGCAGUCAUCCGCGGUUUUUGUCAGAAAGGGAAAUUGGAUGAGGCAAUCAGUUUGUUUAGGAAGUUGGAAGCACUGGGAAUUGUAGCAGACGAGGUAACAUACUCGACCCUGAUUGAUGAAUUGUGUAGGAAAGCAGAUUUUGAUCAAGUCUUCUGUUUGCUUGAUGAAAUGGAGAAGAAGGGGAUUGGUACAGGAAUUGUUACAUACAACACUGUGAUUAAUGGUUUGUCCAAAGUUGGGAGGACAUGUGAAGCGGAUGAGAUCUCAAAGAGAAUAUCUGGUGAUAACUUUACAUACAGUACAUUGUUACAUGGGUACAUUGAGGAAAAGAAUGUAGAAGGGAUCUUGAAAACAAAAAGGAGACUGGAAGAGGCUGGUGUUCAUAUGGAUGGAGUCAUGUGUAAUGUGCUAAUUAAAGCAUUAUUUAUGAGAGGUUUGGUGGAAGAUGCUUACAUGAUUUUCAAGGAGAUGCCAGAGAUGGGUUUGCAUGCUGAUUCUGUUACUUAUCACACAAUGAUUGAUGGCUACUGUAAAGUUGGUAGGAUCAAUGAGGCACUUGAACUAUUUGAUGCCUAUAGGACUUCAUUGUUUCCUGAUGUGGUGUGUUAUAGUUGUAUAAUUCACGGGCUCUGUGAGAAUGGCAUGUUAGAUAUGGCAAUCAAAGUAUUUACAGAACUCAUUGAGAAAGGUCUGUCUCCCAGUAAAGCAACCUAUAUGAAGGUGAUAAGAUCACUGCUUAAGCAAGGGAAUGGACAAGGAGUUUUGAAUUUUCUUCAUGAGAUUGAGAAAUUAGAACCAGAAAUAUAUGGUGACAUAUGCAGUGAUGCUGUUCACUUCUUGUGCAAGAGAGGUUGUGCUGAGUCUGCAUUUGAUGUAUUUAUGAUGUUGAAGAGGAAAAACUUUGGCGUGACAAGCAAUUGUUACUAUUCAAUUCUUAAAGGGCUUAUUACCAAAGGAAAUAAUUGGAUUCAACAAGUGAUGAUGAAUGCCUAUCUUAAAGAUUAUGGAUGGUCAGAGUUCAGAUUUUGCAAGAUUCUAGUUCGUUACUUAUGUAAGAAGGAUGUGGAACUAGCUCUCCGGUUUCUUGACAAGAUGAAGAAAAAGGAUAUAUGUGUCCUUGAUCCAUUCCCAGUUGUUGAAACGCUUGUAGAGCAAGGAAGAAUUAUAGAUGCAUAUAAACUCAUCAUGGAAGUUGGAGAUCAGACUCUUCUGAACAUAGUUACUUAUUCUAUUGUGAUUGAUGGACUCUGUAAAUCAGGAUAUCUUGAUAAGGCCUUAGAUCUUUGUGACUCCAUGAAAAAGAAAGGAAUAGCACCUAAUAUUGUCACUUACAAUUCAGUGAUCAAUGGAUUGUGUCGGCAGGGUUGUGUUAUUGAAGCACUUAGGCUAUUUGAUUCAUUGGAGAAAGUCAAUUUGGUCCCGACUGAUAUCACAUAUGGUACACUUAUCAGUGCUCUAUCUAAAGAAGGGUUCCUACUAGAUGCCAAACAGUUGCUUGAGAGGAUGGUUCUGAAUGGUUUCAUUCCAAGUACACGUGUUUACAACUCAUUGAUUGAUGGGUAUUGCAAGUUCGGGUCAAUGGAAGAAGCCAUGGAGCUGCUUCUUGAUUUGGAAAAAAGUUGUCAUCGGCCUGAUGCAUUUACUGUCAGUGCUGUGAUUAAUGGCUGUUGCCGUAAAGGUGACAUGGAAGGGGCCCUUGGAUUCUACCUUGACUAUAAAAGGAAAGGAGUCUUACCUGAUUUGAUUGGUUUCAUUUAUUUAUUAAAAGGGCUUCUUGCUAAGGGAAGGAUAGAAGAGGCUAGGAAUAUCUUGAGAGAGAUGCUUCAGAUCCAAUCUGUUGUGGAGCUGAUAGACAGAGCUGCAGCUGAGAUUGAAACAGAAUCAAUAGGAAACAUUCUUGUCUUUUUAUGUGAGCGAGGAAGUAUUCAAGAAGCCAUCAGUGUCCUUAAUGAAGUUGGUUCUCUGGUUUACCCUUUUGGGAGGAGGUUCGGUGCCAUCGGUGGAUCAGAAAAACUAGAGAAGCUACACAAAGAGGGCUUGUUUGAUACUGUCACUGUGGAGUCUUUGACCUCCUCAUGUACAACUGAUUUGGAUUUGGAAUUGCUUGAGGUGGGGAAAGGAAAUGGAAUUGAGGAUAAUUUAAUAAAAAAACACUUGUUUUCUGACUUUGAUGCUUAUUAUGCCCUUGUUUCAUCCCUAUGUUCAAAGGGAGAGCCACAAAAGGCUAAUAGAGUUGCAAAAGAAAUGAUUUUGUACUCGCAGAAGGGCUGUUGAUUAAACUUCCAAUGAAGUGUUGACUCCUGGAUCAAGCUGCACUUUCUUUCUGAGGCUGCACUGAUACUGUCCAUAGGUAUGUGCUAUAUACCUUGUUGAACUUCUUGCUCUCCAUCCAGUUCAAAGCUCACUUCAGGAGGUUUGCACAAUGUCACAUGGGUAGGAGGAUGUUAAAAGAAAUCCUGGACUGCAUGGACCCUCAAGACUUUGGAUUCAAGCAUCGCUGAUCUUGAUAAAUGCAGAUGAACUCCAUGCAAGAUUAUUAAGGACUCGAACCUUGUGAAAGGAUCUUAAGCUUGUACCUCCAGGUUAGCAUUGAAGCAAGUCACUCAUCUUCAUGAUUUGGUUUCGCAGCUGGUCUUUUGUUCGAUGCCCUAGAGUGCCUUAUGUGGUGGCAUUCCUACUGUUCACUGGUGAAAGAAGUAAGCCUCUUUAAUUUCCCUAUUCAGUAUCUCUGGAAUGCACCAUUAAUGGCAUUUCAGCUUUUGACUCAUUUCUAAGACUCAAAAAGAAGCAUGAUAUUCAAUCUGCACGUCUGGGUUCAUAUUGUGAAAUCAUUGGAUGAAUGCACCAUCACUUCAAGGGGUGGAAGAGAGAGAGAGAGAGAACUUGUUUGUUUCUGCAUAUACUGUCAGCUGCAAAGCUCUGAUAGCCAUCCAUGCCCACUCGGGGUUUGCAUUCACAAAGAUGAGUUGGGAUGGGCUCGACUCAUCUGGAUUUGUGUCAAGAUGUUGUCAUGAUGUCCUACUACACGUCCUCAAGUUUGCCAUCCAUUACAGUCCUAAGUGUAAAGGCCAGUGUUAACCUGCAAGAUGAGAAGACUGCCUUCCCAGUUCCCACCAAGUAAGACAACAGCAGAAUGGAAAGAGAAUCUCAGUGGGCUCUUGCUUAAAGCACACUACAGAGGCUUAAACCGCCGGAAACCAUUAACCCUUCAGCUAUAGAUCAGUUACAGGGAGCUCUUCGUGAUUGCAGAAUAAGCCAGAGGCUUCGUGAUCUGUGCCCACUCAAAAGUGGUCCAUUGUUGACUUGUUGACUUGUUGACUUAUGGGUUGGCUUCAUGAUUUGUGUAGGAAGAUAUACCCUGAGGCCUGAUGCAGCCGAAAUCUGUGGAAUGAAAGACUGCAAGGCCCGAAUGGACCUUUGAAAAUACAGCACUUGGGACUUCAAUACAUGAAUGGCUGAAUAAUGGAAUAGGUGCUUGCUUAUACAUGGGAGGUAGGGAUCUCAAUUGGUCGGUUUGGUUUCAUCGGUUUCGGUGUGAGAAUAGGUGAAAACAAAACAUGAUCUAAUAAGGAUGGACCGAUUUUGGUUUUGUUCUCUUAUUGGUUUAGUUUCGGUUUAACAUGUAAAUAUAUUCUGAAGUAAGAAAAAGUAUUUUUUGAAUGUAGAGCUAGUAUCAGGUUA